GAGAUAAGCUUGACGUAUGGGCUCGACAUGCUUUGUGGGAGGCGGGACUAAACUACAUGCAUGGAACUGGACAUGGAAUCGGCACCUUCCUCAGUGUUCAUGAAUGGCCAGUCGGCAUUGGAAGCCAUCAUACUUGCCAACUUCAGGAGGGGAUGUUUACAUCUAUUGAGCCUGGUUAUUAUCAAGAUAAUGAAUUUGGAAUUCGAAUCGAAGAUAUUUCUGUGGUAGUAAAGGCAAAAACUAAGCACACAUUUGGAGGCGUUCCCUACCUGACUUUUGAACAUAUUUCUCUUGUUCCAUAUGAACGAAAACUGAUCAAUGUGUCCAUCAUGAACAAGGAACAGAUUGACUGGCUUAACAAAUAUUAUGAGAGGAUUUGGAACACUGUGUCACCUGAACUGCAAGCACAAAAGUUGACAGAAGAGUAUGAUUGGCUUCGGAAACACACGCAGCUGUUUUCACACAGUGUCAUCGUAAAAUACUCACUUAUCAGUCUAGCUGGGGCCCUGCUGGGAAGCUUUCUGUCACAAGCAUGGAUUCUCUAAAAAUAUCCAAAAUGCUUGGAUCUGAUCUUUUUCACAAUUUACUUACAAGAUGCUUCCGUUAAAGAAAAUAGAACAUAGAUCGGUACAGCACAGGGACAGACCUUUCAGCUCACUGAAUCUGUGCCGACCAUGUUGCCAUUCUAAACUAAUCACAUCUGCCUGCGUAUGGUCCAUAUCCCACUAUUCUCUGCCUGUUCAAGUGUCUGUCUAAAUGCCUCUUAAACAUUGUUAUCAUAUCUGCUUCUACCAUCUCCUCUGGCAGCGCAUUCCAGUGCAUCUACCAACCUCUGUGUAAAUACAUUGCCUUGCACAUCUCCUUUAAACUUUCCCCCUCUCACCUUAAACAUAUGGCCCCUGAUAUUUGACAUUUCUACCCCAGGAAAAAGACUCCAACUAUCCACCUUAUACAAAAACAAUCUAAGUCUAUCCAAUCUCUCCGUAUAGAUAAUGAACUCCAAUCCGGGCAUCAUCCUCGUAAACCUCUUCUGCACCUUCUCCAAAGGCUUCCCAUCUUUCCUACAGUGUGGCAAUCAGAACUGCACACACUACUCCGAAUGUGGCCCAACCAAAGUUUUAUACAGCUGCAAAAUGUCUUGCCAAUCAAUGAAGGCAAGUUUGCCAUAUGUCUCUAUACCACCUUAUCAAAUUGUGUUGUCAAUUUCAGGGAGCUAUGGACUUGAACCCCAAGACCCUUCUGUAUAUCAUUGCUCCUAAGGGUCCUGCCAUUUACUGUAUACUUUCCUCUUGCAUUUGACUCCCAAAAUGCAUCAUCUCACACUUGUCCAGAUUAAACUCCCUCUGCCAUUUCUCAGCCCACUUGCCAACUGGUCUAUAUCCUGCUGUAUCCUUUGACAACCUUCUUCACUAUCCACAACUCCACUAAUUUUUUGAGUCAUCUGCAAACUUACUAAUCAGACCACCUACAUUUUCGUCCAAAGAAUUUAUAUAAAUUACAAUGAACAGAAGUUCUAGCACUGAUCCUUGCUGAACACGGCUGGUCAUAGAUCUCCAGUCAGAAAAAUACUCCUGCAAAAUUCCACCAACCCAAUUUUGGAUCCAAUUUACCAACUCACCCUGGAUCCCAUGUAACGUAAACAUCUGGACCAGCGUACCAUGAGAGACCUUAUCAAAUGCUUUAGUAAAGUCCAUGCAGACAACAUUCACCACCCUACCUUUAUCAACCAUCUUUGCCACUUCCUUAAAAAAUUUGAUAAAAUUUGUGAGACAAGACUUCCCCUGCAAAAAGCUAUGGUGACUGUCCCUAAAGAGUCCAUUCUUUUCCAAAUGCGAAUAAAAACCCAGGCAAAGUCAAGUGGAAGAAAAGCUUAUAAGUCACUUUAAAUGUAAAUUACAAUCCCACGUGUCCAAUAAAAAUGCAUAAUGUGUCUAUUACCUACGUCAUAGCAAAUGGCAUCAUUUGCCUCCAAGGGAAUCUGACAUGUUUAAUUCUCCCAACCCAGAGCUGCUCCAGUUAUGUAAGUUACUAGUUUCUUGGAACAAUUCCCGUGUUUCAGAAUGACCUGAAUACUUUUUCUGUAUAUGGACAAGCAGGAAAUGUUGCUUCAUCUGAGGACACAGCCUUUCUCAGCUAUAACAUGAGUGAAAUCUUUCCCAUGGAUGAAAUUUAGCUGUGAGUGUCUCUGAAUAAAUAUGAUUAAUAUUUGACUUAAAA